AGAGACAGAGGAGUAGAAAGAGACAGAGGUGUAGAAAGAGACAGAGGUGUAGAAAGAGACAGAGGUGUAGAAAGAGACAGAGGAGUAGAAAGAGACAGAGGUGUAGAAAGAGACAGAGGAGUAGAAAGAGACAGAGGAGUAGAAAGAGACAGAGGAGUAGAAAGAGACAGAGGAGUAGAAAGAGACAGAGCAGGAACCAUAGAUGUCUGUGACAGAGCGGGCAGGAUCACCAUGCACUGAGGAGGGGGACGACUUUAAUCAAACCACCUGAAUACUGGAAUGACUGAAGGAACACAACACUCCUACAACUGAGAAUACUACAGUUUACUUGAGCCAAGACUUCCAACUCUCCUCCACUUCCUCAUCACUCUCCUCCAGGAUGUUCAACUCCUCCUCCUCUGCGGUCUGUCCUCUCCUCCAGACCAUGCUGGACCACUCUGUAAACAACAACACGGGGGUCAACCUGGUGGUGGUGUGUGUCCACGGGCUGGUCUCCUGUCUGGGUAUCCUGGAGAACGCUCUGGUCCUCUGGGUGCUCGGCUUCCGCCUGCGCCGCCGGACCGUGGCCUCUGUCUGGGUUCUCAACCUGGCCCUGUCAGACUUCCUGGCUACGCUGACCCUCCCUCUCUUUACACACUACCUGCACUCCUCUCACAGCUGGGAGCUGGGAGGUCCGCUGUGUACGGCCCAGUCCUCAGUCUUCUUCCUCAACAUGUUUGUGUCAGCCUUCCUCCUGGCGGCCAUUUCUCUGGACCGCUGUCUCCUGGUGGCGCGGCCCGUCUGGAGCCAGAACCACCGCUCCAUUAGCGCCGCCUGGAAGGUGUGUGCUUUGGGCUGGUUGUGGGCGGCGGCCAACACCUUCCCUUACUUCCUGUUCCGGGCGGUGACGGAGAAGACGGACGGAAGGAAGCUCUGCUACCACCAUUUUGGAUUGUACUCGUCGCCAGGGACACUAGAGAGGGACUGUAGGGUACGGCAGGCGGCGACCGCCGUGUCCAAGACGUUCCUGGCGUUCCUACUCCCCCUAGUGGUGAUUGCAGGGAGCUACGCCCUCUUUGGCAUCAGCCUGAGCCAGAGGAGGAAGAGGAGGAAGGACAGCAGUAGUAGACUCACCGGGGCAUUGACUGUUACCAACGUGGAACGCAGAGAGUCAAAACCCAACACAAACACCAAAAGCUCCACCCCCAACCCAAAAGUCUCCACCCCUACCUCCACCUCCAUCAAGUUGUCUUCUAGACGGACCGAGCCCGGCCUAUCCCGUGGAUUCACCAAAAUGGUGACAUCAGUCAUCGCGACGUUCGCCCUCUGCUGGGCGCCCUAUCACGUGUUCUGCCUCAUUGAGGUUGCCGCCCAGUACUGGCCGAACAAGGUCGUGUUGGUGGAGGUGGGGUUGCCAAUGGCGACAACCUUUGCCUUCCUGAACCCGGUGUUAAACCCAGUGCUGUACGCGUUCAGCUGUCCCAACUUCUGCAUCCGGAUCAGACAGAGUCUGGGGUCGCUGAUGGAAGGACUGGUGGAGGAGGGAGGGAUGGGUGGAGCAGGAGGGGGGGGCUGGGGUUGA